AAAUAAUAAAAAAAAUAAAAACAUAGAAAUAAUGUGAACAAGAACGCGUUUUUUCUUCAAAGAACAGACAAAGACACAGCCCACUGUUCCUCGUCCUUCGUCUUCCCCCUCUCUUUCUCUCUCUCUCUCUCUCUACUUUCUCUCUCUAAAGUCUGCAUAUUACAUUCACAAAUUAAACUACCAAAAGCAACAAGCAAUCCCUAAAAACCAGGGUUAGGGUUUGUGUUUUUUAUGCUGGUUCAAGAUAGGGGGAGACAAACAACGGGUCCGGGCUUCACUCGGGCUUUUUUCAGGACCCUUAUCGGGCUUCAUUAAUGGGUCGUUUUCCUCUCGCCACGAAUCGGCACCACCUCCGCACGCCGUUGGAGCUCUUGAUUUUCCUUUUCGCCCUGUUCUCACCUCGAAACGACGCAGUUUCGGCGUCGGAUUCCGACAAAUCCGCUCUCAUGGAGCUCAAGGAGUCGCUUUCGGACCCGUACGGAGUUCUUAGCAGCUGGAAUUUCAACAGCCCGGUGGAUCACUGCUCGUGGGCCGGGGUUUCUUGCGAUUCGGGUUCUCGGGUCGUGGGUUUGAAUAUUACCGGUGGAGGUAAUUCUCUGUCUUGUGCUAGAAUUGCUCAAUUUCCACUGUACGGAUUCGGAAUUAGGGCACCUUGUUUGAGCAAUGGUAAUAAAGUUAGAGUCUUGGGCAAGUUAUCGGCAGCUGUUGCUAAGCUUAGUGAACUCAAGGUUUUGUCUUUGCCAUUCAACGAAUUAAGCGGUUCGAUUCCUGUCGAAAUCUGGGGUAUGGAGAAGCUCGAAGUUCUCGAUCUCGAAGGCAAUUUCAUCACGGGUUCCUUACCGACUCGGUUCGACGGGUUGAGGAAUCUGAAAGUUCUGAAUUUGGGAUUCAACGAGGUUUUCGGGGGGAUACCGUAUUCUUUAUCAAAUUGUUCGGGGCUUCAAAUCUUGAAUUUAGCUGGGAAUCAAAUCAACGGUUCGAUUCCGGGGUUUAUCGGUGGGUUUAAAGAUUUGAGAGGGGUUUACUUGUCGUUCAAUUUGCUCAGUGGAUCGAUACCGGUCGAGAUAGGCGACAAUUGUGCGAAUCUCGAGCAUGUGGAUUUUUCGGGGAAUUACUUGGCCGAAGGUAUUCCGAGAAGUAUCGGAAACUGUAGAGGGUUGAAGACCCUUCUUCUGUACUCUAACAUGUUGGAGGAGGUUAUUCCGAGUCAACUCGGCCGGUUGAGCCAGCUGGAAGUACUGGACGUGUCGAGGAACAACUUCGGCGGUCCUAUUCCAUCAGAGCUCGGUAAUUGUACGAGGCUGUCUGUGCUGGUGCUGUCGGAUUUGUGGGACCCUCUCCCGAACGUUUCUAAUUCGGUGGAGAAGCUGGCAUUUACUGCCAACGAGUUCAAUUUCUACGAAGGCACUAUUCCGUUUGAAAUCACCCGAUUGUCUAGCUUGAGGAUGAUUUGGGCUCCUAGGGCAACUCUUCAAGGAAAUUUACCUGCCGAUUGGGGCUCGUGCGAUAAUUUGGAGAUUCUGAAUUUGGCUCAAAACUAUUACUCCGGAAAAAUCUCCGAUGGUUUUAGCAUCUGCAAGAAGCUGCAUUUUCUCGAUUUGAGCUCGAAUAGACUCGGUGGGGAGAUCACCGACAAAAUCCCCGUUCCUUGUAUGACUAUGUUCGACAUCAGUGGGAAUCAUUUAUCGGGUUCUAUUCCGAAAUUCAGUUACGAAUCUUGCUCGCCUAUCCAAUUCCUACAUGAUCUUUCGUCUGCAUAUGUAUCGUAUUUCGGAUCAAGAACUCGGGUUUUUGGUGAUGGCUUCUCGGUAAUGCAUAAUUUCGGUUCCAACAACUUUACGGGCACUCUUCAGUCAAUGCCUGUUGCAUCCGAGAGAUUAGGGCAGCAGAUAGUUUACGCAUUUCUUGCUGGCGGAAACAAGCUCACCGGAACCCUUUCUCAAGCUUUCUUCGACAAGUGCGACGAGGCUAGGGGUAUAAUAGUCAACGUGACGAACAAUUUGUUAUCCGGUCAAAUCCCAACAGAUAUUGCCACAAUGUGCAAGACUCUGAUACUUCUAGAUGCUUCGGGUAAUCAACUCUCCGGAAGUAUUCCUCUCGGGAUCGGCGAAUUGGCUUCGCUCGCCGUUCUUAAUCUAAGCUGGAACCCUUUUUCGCAAGGUACGAUCCCGAGCAGUUUCGGCAAGAUUAAGGAUCUCAAACACCUGUCUCUGUCGGGAAAUAACCUCAACGGUUCGAUCCCUACAAAUUUCGGGCAGCUAUAUUCUCUGCAAGUUCUUGAUCUGUCAUCAAACUUACUAUCCGGAGAAAUCCCGAAAGAAAUUGCGAAUCUACGGAAGUUAAAAAUCCUUUUCCUCAACAAUAACAAGUUGUCGGGGCAAGUUCCACCUGGAUUGACAAAUAUACCCUCUCUGUCAUCGUUCAACGUCUCCUUCAAUUAUCUAUCCGGACCGCUCCCUCUCAACAAUACCAUGAUAAAAUGCGAUAGCUUUCUCGGGAACCCUUCUCUCCAUUGCCCUACAUUAUCCUCAGACGAAAAUCGAAGAACAGCUGGCCCACAAAACGAUGCUUCUUCUUCUCCACCAUUAUCAACGACAACAGCUCCGAGUAAACGAGAGGGCAAGAACGGAUUCAACUCGGUUGAAAUCGCCUUCAUAACAUCCGCAGCAGCCAUUGUUUCGGUUCUUGUCGCACUCGUAGUCCUCUUCUUCUACACGAGAAAGUGGAAGCCGAGGUCAAGGGUGAGCGGCGGGUCCCACAGGAAGGAGGUCAUAGUCUUCAGCGACAUAGGGGUGCCGCUCACCUUCGACACGGUGGUGCGUGCCGCCGCCAACUUCAACGCCACCAACUGCAUAGGCAACGGCGGAUUCGGCGCCACAUACAAGGCCGAGAUCGCGCCAGGUGUCCUCGUCGCCGUCAAGCGCCUCGCCGUCGGAAGGUUCCAAGGCUUCCAGCAAUUCGACGCGGAAAUCAAAACCCUAGGUCGCCUCCGCCAUAGAAACCUCGUAACCCUAAUCGGCUACCACGCCAGUGAGACCGAAAUGUUUCUUGUGUACAAUUACUUGCCGGGCGGCAAUUUGGAGAGGUUCAUUCAAGAAAGAUGCACGUUCGAUUGGAGGGUCUUGCAUAAAAUCGCGCUCGACGUUUCUCGUGCGUUAGCCUAUUUGCACGACCAGUGUGUGCCGCGUGUGCUGCACAGAGAUGUGAAGCCGAGUAAUAUUUUACUGGACGAGGAAUUCAACGCUUAUUUAUCAGAUUUCGGGCUGGCGAGGCUUCUCGGAACUUCAGAGACACACGCGACGACAGGCGUCGCCGGGACUUUUGGGUACGUGGCGCCAGAGUACGCGAUGACAUGUAGGGUUUCGGAUAAGGCGGAUGUGUACAGCUACGGGGUGGUGUUGUUGGAGUUGAUUUCGGAUAAGAAGGCGCUGGACCCUUCGUUUUGUUCGUACGGGAACGGGUUUAAUAUUGUCGGGUGGGCGUGUAUGCUUUUAAGGGCAGGCCGGGCGAAGGAGGUGUUUGCAGCUGGGGUGUGGGAUGCGGGCCCGCACGAUGAUUUGGUGGAGGUGCUGCAUUUGGCGGUGGUGUGUACGGUGGAUUCGCUGUCGACCAGGCCGACUAUGCGGCAGGUGGUGAGGCGGCUGAAGCAGCUGCAGCCGCCGUCUUGUUAGAUUUGAGGGAGGUGUUUUUUUUUUUUUUUAAACUGUAGGGAGGUUGGAAAAAAAAACCGAAAAGCAAUUCUUGAAGUUGAAGAAUUGUUGUUUUCUUGUUAGUGUUGAAUUUGUAGGUAACUGUAAAUUGUAGUGUUGCUUCUUCUUCCCCCAAUUUGACACAAGAAUGCAGAUAUUUUUGGUUAA